CAUAUUUUCUUCUUUCUCUCACAUCUCUUUGGAGAAGACGAGUUUCGUUUUGCUUCUCUGUAAAUCAAUAUAACUUUCUUGUUCUAUCAUCUCUCUAGGGUUUCUAUCGACUUUAGAUUCUCUCUGAAUCGACCAAUUUGAAGUUUUCUGUUCAAAAUCCUGCUAAUUGCUAAUUUUGAUGUUUCACUUGAUGAAUCCCGAACAAAAGAAGUCCGAUUCGAAGUGCCGUAAAUUGGCGCCAGUGAAAAGGGAAGUUGAAGAUGAUGCUUUGCCCGACGAACAAAUCAAUCUCAACAAGAGAUCUAAGCUCUCAUCUCCUCUCCAGAAGAAUUUGGGAGAUGGGUCUUGCUCGAUAACUCCAUCUCAAUACAACCCACUUGAUGAACCGAGUCCUUUAGGUUUGCGUUUAAGGAAGAGUCCUUCUCUUCUGGAAUUGAUUCAGAUGAGGCUCGCUCAAGGAAAUGGUAAUAAAGUUGGAUCAUUAGAGAAAGAUCACAAGUCUGCAGCAUCUGGUGCAUCUGAGAAGUUGAAGGCUUCUAAUUUUCCUGGCUCAUUGCUGAAGAUUGGUUCUUGGGAGUAUAAAUCCAAACAUGAAGGGGAUUUGGUAGCAAAAUGUUACUUUGCUAAGCACAAACUUGUAUGGGAAGUUCUUGAUGGUGGUUUGAAGAAUAAGAUUGAGAUCCAGUGGUCUGAUAUCAUGGCAUUGAAGGCUAAUUAUCCAGAAGAUGGACCUGGGACUUUGGAUAUUGUGCUGUCUAGGCAACCUCUCUUUUUUAGAGAGACCAAUCCGCAGCCUAGGAAGCAUACUUUGUGGCAGGCAACAUCAGACUUUACCAAUGGGCAAGCAACCAUGAACAAGAAACAUUUUCUACAGUGCCCACAAGGCUUGCUAGGGAAGCAUUUUGAAAAACUUGUCCAAUGUGACCUUCGUCUUAACUUCUUAAGUCAACAAGAAGAGAUGGUUCUCGAAUCUCCUUAUUUUGAGACCAGAAUUUCUGCAUUUGAUAACUUAAAUGAAUCAAGCCUGGUGUUUGAUGGUCAAAGAAAGACUUUAUUUGAUUUGAAUGAUGAUGAAUCAUCGUCAGGGGUUCAAACUUCUCCUGCAAAGGAGGAGGAACAUGAUCAUGCUUCUAGACACACACAACGUUUUCCACAUGAUGGGCCUUCACCUAGCUCAGUUAUGGACAAUCACGCAAUUGAAGAGUUCAUGGGAAGUAAAGCAGAGGAAUUAAAGGGGCUUUUCAAUCAAGACCUCCUUAAAAAGUCUGGUAUCCACCCCUCCAUGUCAAUGAAUGACCUAGUAAACCAUAUCGAAAACCAAAUCUCCGAACAAAGAUCAUCCAGCAGCAAGCUCUCUCUUUCCGCCGAAGAAAGGCAGAGCUUAGAGUUUCUUGAAGAGGUCAGUCGAUGCUUAUUCAGCGACUAUCAAUGUGCAUCAGCAUCGGAGCAGUCAAUCAUGAAAAGAGUUGAUUCCCUUUGUUGCCUACUGCAAAAGGAUCCCGUAGACUCAAUUAUGACCAAACAGCCUGUUGAUACCUGUGAAGAACAAAAGCAGGCACCAAAAAUGUCGAGGAAGGAUUCAGUUGGGGAGUUACUACUUAAUCUCCCGAGAAUUGCUUCCCUCCCACAGUUCCUGUUCAACAUUCCUGAGGACUGCCAAAACCGAGCGAGAUAACCUUAAUAAUCCUUCGUGAUGGUAAGUAUAAUAGUGAAUUUCGAUGGCGUUUUGUGGUAGUAAAAAUGUUGUAUGGUAGGGUUUUUACUUUUUUACUGGAGUGGAUUCUGAGAUACAGGUUGAUGAGGAAUCCUGUGAAGUUAAAUUUGUGUAGGUGUUGUUUGUUGUUGUUUUUAUUAUUAGUCAGGUUUAGUCUUGUUGUAAUGUGUAGUAUAUGCAUAUAUGUAAUUUCAAUGUAAAAAUAAGGGAUUUCCAUGUUUGUUUUUUCUACACCUCUUGUGAAAGGUUAAAAUAGUUUGUAAGUAAAUAUUUCUCUCAAUAUAUUUGGGCUUUUGCAUUCUUU